CGUGGCUGUGAGAAUGACCAGCCAAGCGUACCUGGAGGCUGGGCCUUCCAGGGCUGGGCUGAGGAGCUUCCUGCCUCCAGGGAUGAACAACACCUCCCAAGUCCUGGGGACAGCUGGAGUCCUCCUGGCAUCAGUGACGUGGCUGCAUCUCAGCCCCUCUCUGGCCAUGCCAGCAGGGUCGCAGGUGGACCACAUGGGGAAUGGCUCCCAAGGUGCCCCCCGGCUCUUCCUCACCUCCACGCUGGCCCGUGGAAUCUCAGGUGUCUUCGUGUGGGCUGCCCUCCUGCUAACCUGCCAUCAGAUCUACCUGCACCUGCGCUCCUACACCAUGCCCCAGGAGCAGCGCUACAUCAUCCGCCUGCUCCUCAUUGUGCCCAUCUAUGCUCUGGACUCCUGGCUCAGCCUCCUCCUCCUGGGAGGCCACCAGUACUACAUCUACUUGGACUCUGUGCGGGAUUGCUAUGAAGCCUUUGUCAUUUACAGUUUCCUGAGUCUCUGUUUCCAGUACCUGGGGGGUGAAAGCGCGAUCAUGGCUGAGAUUCGGGGAAAGCCCAUCAAGUCCAGCUGCUUCUACGGCACCUGUUGCCUCCAGGGCAUGUCCUACUCCAUCGGGUUUCUGCGCUUCUGUAAGCAGGCCACGCUGCAGUUCUGUAUUGUGAAGCCAGUCAUGGCCUUGGCCACCAUCUUCCUCCAGGCAUUUGGCAAAUACCGAGAUGGGGACUUCAGCAUCCACAGUGGCUACCUCUACGUGACUCUCAUCUAUAAUGCCUCUGUCAGCCUGGCCCUCUACGCCCUGUUCCUUUUCUACUUCGCCACCAGGGAGCUCCUGCAGCCCUUUGAGCCCAUCCUCAAGUUCCUCACCAUAAAAGCCGUCAUCUUCUUGUCUUUCUGGCAGGGGAUGCUGCUGGCUGUUCUGGAGAGGUGUGGGGUCAUCCCUGAGGUCCAGACUUUGGAUGGGAGCACAGUGGGGGCCGGCACGCUGGCUGCUGGCUACCAGAACUUCUUUAUCUGCAUUGAGAUGCUCUUUGCCUCUGUGGCCUUGCGCUAUGCCUUCUCCUGCCAGGUGUACUCAGAGAAGAAAGAGAACUCACCAGGCCCCGCAGCACCCAUGCAGAGCAUCUCCAGUGGCCUCAGGGAGACCAUGAGUCCCCAGGACAUCGUGCAGGAUGCCAUCCACAACUUCUCACCAGCCUACCAGCACUACACACAACAGGCCACACACGAGGCCCCCAACCCCAGCCAGGGUGGGUGCCCCUCACCUAGCACCCACCCUAGCAUGGCUGGCAGCUCUGGUGGGGGCAGGAAGAGCCGAAAUGUGGAGAAGCGGAUGCUAAUCCCCUCAGAGGACCAGUAGGUGCCCAGCUAAGGAUCCAGACUGCCCAGGUCUCUGGGAAAGGAUGUCCCCCACUCCUGCCAAAGGUCAAGCCUCUCCCAAGAGACCCCCACAGAACCCAAGAAGAUGCUCCCAUCCCACCUCUAGCAUGUGGGUUAGGGAACUUGGGGCCCUGCCAGCACCCAGGGCCUACAAUAUCCCCAGUGGGCCUGCUGCCCCAGAAGCCUGAGGACCUGCUGACCUGGCUUUGGUUCCCAGUGCCACACCAGCCUCAGGAGAGCUCAAAAGUGGCCCUCCUUUCAUGCAGUACAAGCAAGCCCCAGCUAUGCAGAGCAGGGCAGCCCAGCCUUAGACAGCCUGAAGCUUGGGCACUGUGGGCUAGGGAUCUAUGUUGGCUGGCCAGGAUGGGGCAAUGCCAGCUGAGCCUUGCUGUGGUUGUGGGAUGAGGGUGUGCCAGGCUUGCCAGCCACUUGCUGCCUACCAGAGAGCUGCUCUUAUUUAUAUAAAUA